UCGGGGGGGGGAGUGAUACGGGAUUUUUUGUUCGUGUUUUUGUUUUGGUGGGGGUGAUAUUUCCCUCCUUCUCCUCCCACCCCCCACUGGGAAUUACUACUGGAGGAGGAGGAGGAAGCGGCACUAUAGGAGGGGUCCCCUGUGCGCGCGCGUUUUUUUUUUUUUUUUUUUUUUUUGGUGUUUUUUUUUUUUUUUUUUUCCUGGCUGGCUUCGUUCCUGAAGGAGUUUUGGGAGAGAAAUCUGCCUAUCGAUCCCUAAAAACAAACGCACACAAACCUGCCUCUGGGAGGGGAAAUAGCCAGGUGAAAUCGCACUCUGUUUCCAUGGACAACCCGUCCAUUAUCACCCAGGUGACUAACCCCAAAGAGGAGGAAAUACUGUCCUGCACUCAGGAUAAAGUGUCCCAAUGUAAUAUCAGCUUGAAGAAGCAAAGGAGUCGAAGUAUCUUUAGCACCUUAUUCUGCUGUUUUCGUGACUACAAUGUGGAACCACCAUCCACCAAUAGCACUAGUACUCUUCCUCCAUUGGUGGAGGAGAAUGGAGGACUUCAGAAGGGUGACCAGAUGCAGGUCAUUCCCAUACCAAGUCCACCAGCUAAAUACCUCCUGCCAGAACUGACAGUAUUGGACUAUGGGAAGAAAUGUGUGGUCAUCGAUUUAGAUGAAACAUUAGUACACAGUUCAUUUAAGCCAAUUAGUAAUGCUGACUUCAUUGUUCCUGUUGAAAUUGAUGGAACCAUACAUCAGGUCUAUGUAUUGAAACGACCACAUGUGGAUGAGUUUCUCCAGAGGAUGGGAGAGCUCUUUGAGUGUGUACUCUUCACAGCCAGUCUAGCCAAGUAUGCGGAUCCAGUAGCAGACUUGUUGGAUCGCUGGGGUGUGUUCAGGGCAAGACUCUUCCGAGAAUCCUGUGUUUUCCACAGAGGAAAUUAUGUGAAGGAUCUGAGUCGACUGGGAAGAGAGCUGAGUAAAGUUAUUAUAGUGGAUAACUCUCCUGCGUCUUACAUCUUCCAUCCUGAAAAUGCAGUGCCUGUGCAGUCCUGGUUUGAUGACAUGACGGACACAGAGCUGCUAGAUCUUAUUCCUUUCUUUGAAGGACUAAGCAGAGAGGAAGAAGUUUACAGUAUGCUUCACAAACUUUGCAACAGGUAGCCCUUAAAUCUGACUGCUGCUGGUUGAUAGCAGUUGCUACAGACUCUUUCUCCAUCUCUCACAGCUCUUUCAAACUAAGCGUUGAGGAGGCUGCUCCUGUCAGAAGUGCUACUCUUGAUCUUCCUGUUACAUUGUACACGAAGGACAAUCAUGAGUGAUGCUAGUAAGCCUUCAGAAGCCUGACAUCCUAAGGUCACGUGUUCAGACUACUUUUUUUAAAAAAGAAAAAAAGAAGCUAUUUUAAAUGGGACUCUUUUAAUGACUUUCGUAAGUGGACACGUUUUACUGGAUCAGCUUUUCUUAAAACAUGCCAAAAAAAGAAGCUUGUUGUAUUUCAGCAGUCAAAUUUCUCCCCCUCCCACUAUGCAGACAGUUUCACCCUCUGCUUAGAGCAGUUGACCUGACUCUGAAUUUUUUUCUUACAGAAUGAAGUGCCUUUUUGAAUGUUAUUUUAAGAUAAAAGUUCAUUUUGUAUAAGGUGUAUUUCCAGACAUCUUUUAGUCUUGUAUUGUCUAAACGCUUUAAAAAGGAAAAAGGAAUUUUUUAUAGAGCACUGUAAUAUAUGGUAACAAAGGAAAAAGUUGAAACAAAUAAGCUGGGGUCCUGUCUCCAUGGUGAUGUUAAGUAUUAAUUACAUUUUGUCAUGCUCAGAAGGUUUAGGAGUUUGGGGAGGGGUGAUUUUGGUUACAGGUUUGUGUUACUAUGGUCUUACUCAUGUUGGACACAGUUUGAACAUAUCUGCAGUUGUUUGGGUAUUAGAGUAUGAUAGAAUUGGAAAAAUGUGGUGGGAAAUAGAUCUCAAGCACCUUUGAUGUUAGAUGGAUCAAGUUCUAUUAUCUCUGCUUGCGCACAACUGCCAUGCCUCUCCAAUUUUUUAAAACAUCAUAAUGAGAAACCUAUUGGGGGGGAAGGGAGGGAGAAUCUAUUUAUUGAUCUAAAUUCUUUUGUUACAAAAACCCAUCUGGGUAAGCUGGAUUCGUGCUGAGCUGUUAAGAGUAUUUUUUUCUCUGAAUUGUUGCUACUGUAUACUCACCAAAUGGAGCUGACCAUCGGCUGCUAUACUGUUCUUUGCCACUGUGCCUGCGCUACAAAAACAUUUGCUGUAAGCUGCAAAUUUGGGCAAUAAAUGAAAUGCAGGUGAUAUACCCCACCCUUAUGUAGUAAACUUGUGGUAUAUGACAUACCAGAUAACUCAGUUAAAGGUGACCUGCAAAGGACUUUGAAAAAUGCCUUUUGCUCCUUUAUGCACCAUAAAGAAGCAAAACGGAGGCAUGAGCCCAAUUUAUUUUAAAGUAGGGGCUUUUUUUUUUCCUGCUUGUAUUUUUCCUUAGAAAUGUCAGGAAUGUUAACUGAUCUUUCCUGGUUUUUGUUGAACACUUGUUGAGAGUCUCAGAUGCAGAUUGGGAGCCAUAUCACCCCUGCUGGAGGUGUGUUUAACUCAGAAUUCCUUUCUCUAAUGUACUCUUUAGGCUUUGGAGUUAAAUAGGUGUUAACUUAGAAUGUUAAAAACAAUAUAAAAAUCUCACUAAAAAUCCUGUCUUCUCAGUUCACUUGGUUUUCAUUCAUUUGUGAUGUCAUAAUUACACUAGUUCUUCAUCCAGGAUAGACAAGACCUGAAUUUCUGAUGUUAAAAACACGUGUAACUUUUGUUUGUAAGCCUUUUGAAGCAAAAGGGCACAGCCCUUUUUUUUCCUUUUCCGGGUCACCUUUUAACCAUUUUUGCACCAGUAGAAAUCUAGUCAUACAAAUUAGCCGUAUUUGGCAGGCAUCAAGCAAAGUUAAACUAAUAAUUUGGUGCUUUAAUUUGCCUACUGUCAAAUGCCGCAGGGUAGAUACAAGUUGCCUUUUUACAGGUAUGACCAAUAGGAAUUACAAGAAGCUGACCUAGAUUGUCAUCCUUGGCUAAAACAUUUACUAAGCAGCUUAAUAAAUUGAUUCCUAAAAGGGUGGGCCAGCCUACAUAGGCCUGGAAUAGAUUAUCACAGGGGCAGUAUAAGACUGAGAGAGGACUUGUCUCUUUGCAGUGCAGCUUUGCACUGUGCUCACAGUGUUUCACCGUGAGUGUGUUCUAAGCAGUACCAUGACAUUUGAGUCUGUACAGCAUCACUUUUUUGUUCUCUUACCAGUUGUCAUUACCUUAGUACUGUAUGUUUCUAUGCCAGAACUAAAUUCUGACCAUUUAAAAAAAAAUCUAGAUGGUUUAAAAGGACGUAUGGAUUCUGGUUAGUCCAUUAAAUUUGCAUUCAAUUUAAGAUCUUUAGUUUUGUUUUUGAAUACAGAGUAAUGAAACCGUAAACUGCCAAAAAGUUGUUCUCUGAGUAGUAUUUUUAACUGUAUUUGUGACCUCUGUGCCUCAGAUACAGUCUGCAGGGAAGUAUUCAGGUUGUAGUUUAUUGUGCAGGUGUGAUGAGAAUGGCUGAAAAAAAUUCAAAGAUUUUCAUACAAGUAUUAGACCAAACAGUCUUACCAAUUAGACAGUGAAUAACCCCUUCAUGAGACAUUACCCCAUUUAGACAGUUGUGAUCUGUUGUAGAUAAGACAAACCAUGUCAUUAGCUGUUCACAUUUAUAAAAGCAGUGAUUUCAUGAACCCAGUUGCCUUAAAUGUCUGUGAAUGAAUGUUGAUAUUAAAGUGACUUGUAUUGUUUUGAAAUCAACAUGUAAUGGACAACUGAACUUCUGUUCCCACAUCUGAAACCAUUUUAAUGACUAAUACUAUACAAUCACUGUCUUUAUGUUGUUUCUGUACAGUUUUAAUGCAGUUUGAGUUUUUGUAAUCCACAAAGUUCCAGAAAAAAUUUGGCUUCAUAAUUUCAACUGAUAAAGCAUAUAAA